UAAUCAGUAAUGCCAAUCCAAGGUAACAAAAAUUCUUAACCAUGCUGAAAAUAAACAAAAGUGAACAUAACCUUAUAAUACAUUAAAAUUUUAUUAGUUUUUAUUUUUAUUACUACAUCAUUUUAUUAAUUGUGAUUAUUUAAAAUAAUUAUUAUCUUUAAAAAAUGAUUCUAUAUUAAAUGAUUUAGGGGCAACUACUGAAGUGGAAAUUUAUUAAUUUGAAAAAAAAAGAAAUAGGACGGAUUCAAUUAAAUCACUUGAUUUUUAUUUCCAUUUAAUUGAAUUAAAAUUUGUAAAUGAAAUUAUAUAAUUUAAAAUACAUGUACAUUUUUUGAUAUUCAUUAAAAAUGUCAUUUAUUUUACGAAAUUUAACAUGUCUUCGAAGAUGUACAACAGCAAUUAAAUAUCAAAAUUGUGCAACAUAUUCUUUAAAUGAAGAAUCAAAUAAAAAAUUAGAAAAUGAUAGAACAUCAAUAUUUGAUUAUAUUGAAAAAAAUCAUGAACAUUUAACAUCAGAAAAUUGUUUGGAAAUUUUAAAAAAAAUUUCAAUAUCAUCAUAUAAUGUUGAAUUUAAAACUCCAAGGGAAAAAAAAAAUAUUUUAAUUGUUUGCGAUAAACUUGAUAAACAAAUAGAUAAUAUAAAUUUAUACGAAGCAAUUGAUGCUGUGAAAUUAUUAAAAGAUUUAAAAAUAAAGAAAAAUAGUAUAAUUUUUACAACAUUGUUGAAAAAAAUACAAAAUGAAACUAAAUCAAUUAAAGAUACUAAUUUCACUGAAUUAGAAGAAAUACGAACAUUAUUAAUUGAAAUAAAAAUCGAUGAAGCAAAAUUGUUAAGAAAAGAUAUACAAGAAUCAUUAGAUUCAACAAUAAGAAAUAAUAAUAAUAAUAUAUUCAUAUUGUGUACUGAUUUAUAUAAUGCUGUACAUUUUAAAGAUCCAGAUAAGAAAUUGAUUGUUUCAAUUUUAAGGAAAAUUUCCAAAUAUCCACUUAGAUAUUCAGUUGGAACUGCUGCAAGUAUUUAUACAAGUUCCUUUGUAUUUCCUGACAUUAUAAUUAAGGAAAAUUUUAAUAUUCGAAAAUUUGAAUAUCAUAUUAUUGGAAAUAUAACGAAAUUGUCAUUUAAAAACAUUCUUGAUGUAAUAAAAAGAUUAUCAGUAUCAAGUUUAACAACAAAAUUCUCCAAUGAUUUAUAUAAUUCAGAAUUUAUUGAUUUUUUGAUAACAUCAUUAAUGUCAAAUGAAAAUUUUUCCUUUGAAAUUGGAAUUGAUAUUCUUUAUGAUUUACAAAAUUUAAGACAUCAUAAUACAAAAAUUAUAGAUUAUUUAAUGAUUAAAUGCUUUGAAAAUCCACGUUUAAUUUUAAAAUUAAAUAGAAUGCAAUUAAUUGCAUUUACAUUGGGUUUAUCAAUUUCUAUUGAGACACCACCUUUAUGGGAUUCAAUAAAACAAUAUAUUCUUAAAAAUGAAAGAUCAAAAUUAUCUUUCACUAAACAAUGUUAUAAUUUAAUACUUUUAAAUUAUUAUAAUCACGAAUUAAUUUCAUUAACAUUUAAAAAUUCAGAAGCUUUCUUUAAUCAAUUGAAAAUUUAUGAAAAAAUUCGCAUACGUUUUAUUUAUCAAAUGGUUAAAACAUUGGAACCAAGUUAUAAAGAAUAUUUGCCUUCGGUACAAUUAUUAAAAUAUUUUAGUUCUUUAAAUAAUAUCAAUAGACAUGUUAAAAUUAAUGAUAAUGUAUUAAAUACACUUGAAAAAGCUUUAGGAGGUCAUGAAUAUGUACAAUCAAAUGUCUUUACCAAAUAUGAUCAUUUUCUCCAUCAUAUUGUUGUUAUGAGAAAAGGUGGAUUUCCUGUGGCAAUUAAUCAUGUUGAUAAUAGAAAUGUUUCUGUAAAUAUUGAAGACAUUAUUAUUCCACCAGAGAGUAAAAUAAUUGCAUUUCUUUAUUAUGGAAAUAAUGAAUAUUAUAGAAAUGUUAAGCAUCUACGAAAAAAAUAUAUUAUUUACAACAAUAGCAUAGAAUCAUUAGGCUAUUCUGUUAUACCAAUAAAUUUAGAUGAUUGGACGAAUAUGAAUCAAAAAGAAAAAAUUCCUUUUAUUAUGAAUGAAAUAAAAUUGAGAUAUACGCCAAAUGAAAUUUAAUUUAAUAUUAAAAUUUAAAAAAAAAAAUGUAUUGUACAUGCUAUUUGUAAUAAAAAAAUAUAUAGAAA